AACCAACAUGUCUGCGCCCGUGGAGUGAACUGUUUUACCUAGAGUCUGUGCAAUUUCUUAAAUUUUGAUUGCACCCAAAUGCCUUAGGUGGAUAUACGUGACUUUGAAAUAUCCCCUGGCAAUAUGGCAGAGGACAAAGGCGAAGAUAAAGAAAAGGUCACACACAAACUGGAACCAGACACAGAGCUAAGGUUUGAAGUAGAAGCAGGAGCAACUGUUCAGCUCGAGCUCACAAAAGGUCUUGCAGAGGUGUUUGGCACAGAGCUAAUUCUGAACAAGAAGUGUACAUUUCAAGGAGGCUCCAAGCUUGCAGUGUACACCUUCCAUGGCUGCACAGUCACUCUAACAGGAAAGACAGAAUCAGCAUAUAUUGCAAAGGAAACCCCGAUGACUAUGUAUGUCAACACACAUGCAGCCUUGGAACAGAUGAGACAGAAAGCUGAUGAAGAAUUCACACGUGGACCAAGGGUAAUGGUAGUUGGUCCCACUGAUGUGGGCAAGUCCACAGUCUGUCGUAUGUUACUGAACUAUGCAGUAAGAAUGGAGAGAGCACCUAUAUAUGUAGACUUGGAUGUUGGCCAGGGAAACAUUGCCAUACCAGGGACAAUAGGGGCCCUGAUAGUUGAGCGCCCAGCCAGCGUGGAGGAGGGAUUCUCCGAGGUUGCUCCUCUUGUGUUCCACUUUGGCCACAAGUCCCCUGGUGACAAUCUCACUCUGUAUGAUCUCCUGAUAUCACAGCUGGCAGAGAUGGUCAACCUCAGGUGUGAGUCCAACAAGAGAGCCAACACUAGUGGUGUUGUGAUCAACACCUGUGGUUGGGUGAGGGGUGGGGGCUACCACUCUAUUGUACACACUGCUGGGGCUUUUGAAGUUGACCUAGUUGUGGUCCUAGAUCAGGAAAGGCUGUACAAUGAACUGAAGAGAGACCUGCCAGACUUUGUGAAAGUGAUAUUACAACCAAAAUCAGGAGGUGUGGUGGAGAGGAGCAAGGAGACCAGAGAGGAGUCCAGGGACAACAGGAUCAGGCAGUAUUUCUAUGGCAAGAAGAAUGACCUGUUCCCACACACAUUUGAGGUGAAGUUCAAUGAGGUGAAGAUUUAUAAGAUUGGAGCCCCCAGUCUCCCAGAUAGCUGUAUGCCCAUAGGGAUGGUGGUCCAGGAUAACAAGACCAAGCUGGUACCCAUCCAACCCAGCCAGUCUUUGUCCAACAGAGUUCUCAGCAUCAGCCUUGGAGAAGUGGGAGAUGAUGACAUUGUCACCACAAAUGUUGCUGGCUUUAUUGUUAUCACACAAGUUGACAUGGACAGGCAGAGUUACACGCUGUUGUCCCCGUCACCAAGACCCCUCCCUAGGAGUGUACUGCUGGUCUCAGAUAUACCCUUUAUGGACAUUAAAUAAUGUACUAGGAACAAUGUGAGGGUUUGAAAUCACCAUCCAUCCAUUCAUCCAUCCAUCAUACCAAGACCAACUGUCAUUGGCCAGCCAUUGAGACAAAUUCAAGCUAGUUCAGAUGUUCUUUUCAUAAAUGUGAAGUGCAUGAAAACAUCAUCUAUCACUUUGAGAACAAGUCUAGAGAAUAGAUCUUUCAGCCAUUGAGACAUCCAGUCUUAAAUAUUCCUUUUACUAACAAAUACCAAGAAGUGCAGGGGCAAGUGCUUUAAAUUACCAGCCAUCCAUUAAUGUGAUGCGUCUGGCUUAGAUGAAGGGCCAACUUAAGGCCAUGGCUGUUGCUCACAAUGGCAGGUUCAAGGCAAGGCAGCUUCUCUAAUCACAUAUGCCACAUGUGAUAUUAUUAUUAAGGAAGAAGAGACAAUUGUUUGUAACUACCCAGACUGUCAGUUAAUAUAAAGUAAUGUGCUACUUGUCAGUUAUUUUGUCCGAUUUGCAUAAUGUCAAGAAAACCUCAGCCAUUCUCAGGUAUACCUUUCAUGGACAUUAUUUUAGGCAAAGGCCAGUGUUUAAUACUACUGUAGCAGUACUUUGUGGUUCAGGAUGAGAAGUUUUAGUGAUAAACUAAGUCUAGCGGCUUUUCUGGACAAUGUCUCUCGCCUGUUGUGUUCGUGGAUUAUGAAAGUCUCAAAGUAAUGAGCAUUUCUUUUUUCACUCUUUGGUAAAGUGGUAAAAAAGUUCAUACAGUGCAGGAAAAAAAGUAUGCUAAGGAGCAUACAUUUAAAAAAAAAAUAUAUCAGUAGAUUGCUUAACAAGGCAAUUUGUGAAAAGGAUGAACUCUUGUGAAAUACAAGGUCAGAAAAUAACUCGAUUACGAAUUAUUUUAUUCCUAAGCUUUUACACAAUUUAUAUUUGUUUUUAAAACGGUCUUUUGUAAAGAAAAAUCAGUGCAUCUUUUAGUGGUUUGAAUAAAAUUUUCUGAGAAUGACAAUGGAUUGUUCAGAAGUCGAUUUCAAUACAUACAUGCAGUUAUUUAACUUGUAAAAAAUGUGUUCUUUAAAAAUAUUUUUAAUUUCAAUAAUGUCUACAAAAUCACACCAAAAUUUGACAAAUAUAUAAACGUAGCAUUCAAUACAUUUGUUAUGACAUCAGAUAAGCAUUUACUUGAUUCGAAAAUUAUCUUAAAAUUGACAUUUCAAGCCAUUCCAAUUUCUAAGUCAUGGGGACUGGAUGUCAAGAAUUCACUAGCCUGACUACUAAACUACUGUAGGAUCCACCAUACAUGUAGAAUAUCUUAGGAAAAAAAAAAAGAUGUCCUGCCUCUAAGCUUUAAGGCAUGAAUGCACUUCCGGCCUAAAAGAAUAAUUUUACCUGAAGGUAUCAUUAUUUCCUCUUUUUAAGAGAAAGUUUGCUUUUAUGCAAAGUAAACAUGGCAGACAUGAGAUUCCAUGAAUUAUAUUUCAUACAAUAAAAUACAUACAAAAAUUGGUAGUGCGAUUAUCAAAGGCAAGUUGAUUGCAUUGGUCCUUCUAUUUUGACCUUGGUGCCAUUGCAUCUGGUCCACCUUACUUUAACAUGCUUGGUAUAAAUUAGACAUUACACAACAUAAUUACCCUAAAAUAUAUCCCCUACAGAGAUAAUUGGUAGUGAAGCAUUCAAUAUUAUAAGGUCUCGCCUUAUUCAAAGCAUUAAAAAUGGAAUAACACUGAUGCAGUAAAUUAUCCAUAUAUUUUUCUCCUAUGACAGUGAUGCUUCAUUCAGUGAUAUUGAUGGUAAAUGGUUGCAUUUGUCAUUUCUAGUUAUUAAGUACAUUAAAGCUUUUUAUAUUAAGUUUUUUCUCCUUAUAUUAUACCUAUGGUUCAUCUAUAGAGCAACACCUUAACAAAGACCUCAAGGACUUGAAGACUUUUGGAAUAUAAAAAGGGCAAUUUUCUGUCAUUUGUAAGUGUGCUAAAGAAAGGAAAAAAACAUUUCUGGCAAACUUUGUACUUAUACACACUGAUGAUAAAACAAUUUAUGAGUGACCACAAAACUAAAAAAAAAA